GUCAUCAGUGGGGGCAUCUCCACGACUAGUCUAUUAAGAAUGACAGCUCAAAAGGCAGGGAGAGAGCGAGGGUGAAUGGUGAUCCCUCCCUGAGCUCCUUCUCUGCACUCUGGAGCACUCUCCUCUGAGGGUCAGACCGGAUUUCAGCCCCUCUUUUUUUCAGAACCCUCCCUUCAUCCUGCGAGCAAACUCUCCCACCCGCCUCCAGCUCCAGCGCCAUCAUCCCCACAGCUUCACGCCCCUCCAACCUGACACUCGUCGUUUGGACUCACGCUCUCCCGCAACCAGGAGGCUUAUUUCCCCCCUUGUGAUGGAAACGAGAAAGGAAGAAGCGCGGCUGGCGGAGGGGGGUCCGUUUGGUAAGAACGACUCAAGUAUGUCAAAAGGUACCGGGAGCCCUGUGCGGGAGCAGCAGGGGAAGCCGGGCUACAGGAGGUGUAUCAGCCCCGGAGAUGGGGCAUUUACCCGGGCCAGAACGGAGCCGGGGGCGGAGGAGACCGUGCGGAGGAAUUUUUGCGCCGACGGAAGGCCGGUUGGCCGCGCUUCGUCCGUGGAGAAGCACCGGUGCGACAAGCCACGCAGGGACGGCAGCAGCUCAGACACCGAGUCCGACUUCUAUGAAGAAAUAGACGUGAGCUGCACGCCUGAGAGCAUGGACUACCCAACUACUAAAGGUCAAAUGGAAGAUUCUCCAGGUCGCCGGAGUGACCUGGGAGCUGACCCGGGUAAGACGGUGUCCGGUCAAAGCACUCUGUCUUAUGCGGCGGACCAGAUUCGUCGGUACCGAACCGCCUUCACACGGGAGCAGAUCGCCCGGCUGGAGAAGGAGUUUUAUCGGGAGAACUACGUGUCCAGGCCGAGGAGAUGUGAACUUGCGGCUGCAUUGAAUCUUCCUGAAACCACCAUCAAAGUGUGGUUUCAAAACCGAAGAAUGAAGGACAAGCGUCAGCGUUUGGCCAUGACAUGGCCUCACCCAGCCGACCCAGCCUUCUAUACCUACAUGAUGAGCCACGCUGCGGCCACUGGCAACCUGCCAUACGCCUUUCCAUCUCACAUGCCUCUUCCCUACUACUCCCCCCUAGGUGUUGGUGCUGGCUCAGCUCCUGCUGCCACCCCUUUCUCAAGCCCCUUGCGCACUCUCGAUAGUUUCCGAGUCCUGUCUCACCCCUACCAGAGGCCGGAGCUGCUGUGCGCCUUCAGACAUCCAUCCAUGUACACUGCACCGACCCACGGCCUCGGUCCUGGAGGGAGUCCCUGCUCCUGCCUUGCAUGCCACUCCGCUCAAUCCAAUGGCUUGUCAGCCAGGCCCUCUGGCUCGGACUUCACUUGUUCCCCAACAAGCAGGACAGAAACUUUUGUCACUUUUACUCCUUCAGUGCUCAGCAAAUCCUCAUCUGUCACACUGGACCAGAGGGAAGAAGUCCCUCUGACCAGAUAAAAAAAGAAAGCCUCAACCAUCUCAGACAACAUGACUUAGCGUAUGAACGCACAACCGAACUGCUGUUUUUGUAAUAUAUGAAUCCCAUUGCAGGACUGUGGGUUGACCGCAUGGAAAAAUAUUUAAAAAAAAACUAUAAAAAUUAUUCGGGGCUUGGGAAGGGAGGGUGCAUUAUUACAACUUAAAAUCUCCACAAAUGUUUGCAUCAACAUUUCUAUGAUUUAUAUCUUUUACGCACCCAUUUUCAUUUCUGGUGCAAGAUGCCUCCCAAAUAUAUGUAUUUUAACAGGCUGCAGUCUCAUUAUACUGCAGCCCCGCACCUUGGAGCCCAGCGACGGCCGCGCGGGCCUGAAAGAUGCAGAUUUAAGUCAAAUUAUCCAGGGAUGGAUGUGGGGGGAAUUUUGACUUCUGAAAUAAUUAUAAAACCAGAAGGGAUCGCUCUCAAAAGGUAACAAGGCGUCGGGGGAACGGAUUAAAGCAGACCAGAUUGACACAAAACCCUGCAAAAAAAAAAAAAAAAAAAAAAAACGGGGGAGGAGGACAAUCAGAGCAAAAAUAAAAAAAAUCCGAGCAUUUCUGUCCAACGAGCUUUUAUAUAUUUUUUUUUCUGCUGGAUGCAUUUUUAAGCAUGAUUAAAAUGCUUAAAAUUUGAUUAAACGUCUAAAUAAUGCAUUUCGUAGCUAAAAUAACAAGUUUGUUGCAUCUUGUAAACAGGUUUCUUAUUUGUAUGUUUUAAAAAGUUGUAUUUUAAACGGCCCAUUCCUUUUUUUAUUUACAAUAAAUUAUGUUUGAGUCAGUGGA